AUGUCAAUUGGUAGAGAGGAUAACGUGGUUUGGAAGUUUGAUAGUAAAGGCAUUUUCUCAACGAACUCUUUUAUGAAGAUCCUACAAUCGGAGACUCUAGUUAAUACGAAAGACAGGUUGAGUAGGCUAGGCGUGAUCGUUCACAGUGAUAAUAUUUGUGUACUAUGUAAGAAGGAGGUGGAAUCUGUUCAGUAUUUAUUCCUACUUUGUGAAGCUUGGCAAGUGUGGUGCAGUUGGUUGAUCUCCGUUGGUCAAGUGUGGGAAACUUCUGGAACUAUAAGAGAACUGUUUGAAAGGUGGCUUGGCAUACAUAGGCGUAAACAUGAGCGGAAGCUGUGGCUGGCUGGGUUCUUUGCAGUAAUUUGGAACAUCUGGUUGGAACGUAAUGCUAGGAUUUUUAAAAAUGAGAAAUCAGGUGUUGAGAUCUUACAGAGAAGGACAAUUCUAAGCUAUACAAAUUGGACUGGCAGUGAUCCUGGUGGUGGUUACUGA